UCGAGCUCAUCAGGGGCGUUGAACACGUCUAGCAUACCUUCUACCACUGCCUUGUCCUCUACUAGCAGUAUCCUCACGGAAUCCUUGCCUGCGUCGACCACUUCAAUGAUACCCGACUUUGGGCCAGCAUGGGCUACCGCGUACGAGAAAGCAAAGGCAAAGCUCGCUGGUUUCACGCUAGAAGAAAAAGUCAAUGUCACUACGGGGGUAGGUUGGGCAAACGGUCGUUGUGUCGGUAAUAUACCCCCCGUAGAACCUACUCAGGGGCGUGGGUGGCCAGGCUUAUGCUUGGAGGACUCUCCCCUGGGAGUUCGCUUUGGAGAUUUCGUAACGGCCUUCCCAACGGGAGUCAAUGCCGCCGCUUCCUUUAACCGCCGCCUUAUUCGCCUGCGUGGGCUCUUCAUGGGUCUAGAGCACAAAGGCAAAGGCGUAAACAUCGCCCUCGGGCCCAUGAUGAACAUGGGCCGCGUCGCCCAGGGAGGCAGGAACUGGGAAGGCUUUGGCGCAGAUCCUUAUCUGACUGGUGAAGCUGCGUACGAAACGAUAUUGGGCAUGCAGAUGGGGGGCGUGCAGGCAUGCGCGAAGCACCUCAUUAACAAGCACCAAGAACACUUUCGCACGCAGGAAAGUUCGGACGUUGAUGACCGAACUCAGCAUGAGAUUUAUGCGCAUCCAUUCUUACGGAGCGUAAUGGCAGGCGUAACUAGCUUGAUGUGCAGCUACAACCUUAUCAACGGCACUUAUGCUUGUGAAAACGAUAAGAUGCUGAAUGAUAUCGUAAAACGAGAAUUUGGAUUCCAAGGAUUUAUCAUGUCAGAUUGGGCAGCAACGCACUCAACGAUAUCAGUAAUGACAGGCCUUGACAUGACGAUGCCGGGCGACAUAACCUUUGAUUCCGGCACCUCCUACUUUGGCGAUAACCUGAUUGCAUACAUCCAGAACGGAACUAUCCCCGAAUCUCGUCUCGAUGACAUGGCAACACGUAUCCUCGCAGCGUGGUACUUCCUCCACCAAGACGCGCCGUCCUAUCCCCCAACCAAUUUCGACGCGUUCCGACCAGACAACGAAACCACCAACGAGCAUAUCGACGUCCAAGACGACCAUCAUUGGCUCGUCAGAGAGCUUGGUGCUGCGAGCACGGUUCUGUUGAAGAACGUCGGCGGUGCUUUGCCUCUUGGAAAGAAAGAUAGGAGCAUCGUGCUUGUCGGGAGCGAUGCUGGGCCUGGAAGUAUCGGUCCGAAUGAGUUCGCGGAUCGGGGAGGCUCGGAUGGCAUCCUGGCUAUGGGUUGGGGUUCGGGCACAGCGAAUUUUACAUACCUGGUUUCACCCUUGGAAGCCAUCCAGCGCAAGGCCCGCGAAUUCCGCACGAGCGUUUCGUGGAUCCUUGAUGAUUUCAACCUUGCGUUGGCGGGUAACAUGGCUAGGAAGAGAUCUGCUGCUCUUGUCUUCAUUAGCUCUGAUAGUGGAGAGGGGUAUAUCACCGUUGACGGAAACGAGGGUGAUAGGAAGAACCUCACUGCCUGGCAUGGUGGAGACGACCUCGUCCUGGCUGUUGCUGCUCAGAAUAACAACACUAUUGUUGUGGUCAACAGUGUUGGUCCCUUAAUCAUUGAGCCGUGGAUUGAUCAUCCCAACGUGACCGCCGUGGUGUGGGCCGGCUUACAAGGGAAUGAAGCCGGCAACUCCCUGGUGGACGUGCUUUACGGUGACUGGAACCCGUCAGGAAGAUUACCGUACACCAUUGCGAAAAAUAUCGCCGAUUAUCCGGCACAGCUGAUAACGGGCGGUGAGGGUCAAGAUAUCUUGGAUAUUCCUUACAGCGAAGCGCUUGAGAUUGAUUACCGCCAUUUCGACGCUAAAAACAUCACGCCUAGAUUUGAGUUUGGCUUUGGCUUGAGCUAUACUACAUUCAAGUAUUCGGGACUGUCAAUCAGUAAAAUAGAGUCUCCGGUAAAUGAUGCCCUUAUUGACAACUGGGAGAACGGAGGCGCUACUCCGAUAGAAGAGGGAUCCUCGCGCGCGGCUUGGUUGCACGAGCCUGCAUUUUCCGUUUCCUUCACCGUGCAUAAUGCUGGCUCAUCAUUCGGAGGCGAUAUCCCGCAGCUAUACGUUAAUUUCCCCGCCUCCGCCGGUGAACCCCCGUCUGUUCUCAGAGGGUUUACCGACGUUGAAGUAGCACCAUAUGAGCGGGAGAAGGUUACAAUCAUCUUGUCGCGCUAUGAUUUGUCCAUUUGGGAUACUGAAGCGCAAGGGUGGAGAAAGCCCAAGGGGACCAUUCAUCUCUCUGUUGGGGCUAGCAGUAGGGAUAUCAGGUUGAGAGGGAAGAUUCCUGCGGAGUGACGGUAGGACACUAGAAUGGACUAAAGUUGAACUUUUUUUUUUUUCGUACGAAGAACAAUUUAUACUCAUGUUGGUGGGCAUCUACUCAAUAGUCACCCCCCCUUUCGCUCUUCUUACUGAGUCAACAAUGCAUUUUUUGUUA